AUAUAGGACAGGACAUCCAGUUUUCUCCAUUGAUUUUCCCGGAGCCUUACUGGAAGCUAAACGCCUGCUCGCUGCUGUCUGUACCGAAGUGGUAAACAUUGAUUACUUAAGAUGCCCAAAUACAAGCUGAUUUACUUCAAUCUUCGUGCGCGAGGGGAGAUAAUCCGGCUGCUCUUCUCCUUGGCAGGGGUACCGUUUGAGGAUUAUCGCGUUGAUCUGGACGAGCAUUUCAACCCUGCUGCGGAGUACGCGGAGAUCAAGAAAGCGGCUCCUUUCGGUCAGCUUCCGGUGCUGGAGGUGGAUGGCGAGAACCUCGCUCAGAGUCACGCUAUCGAGAGGUUCUUGGCUCGCGAAUUCGGACUGGAUGGUGAGACAUCACUGCAGAAGGCCAAGGUCGACAUGUGGAUCGAGGGCGCGGACGAAAUCCUUCGGCGUGUUUCGGAUAACAUCGAGGAGCAUGACGCCAAAAAGAAGGCUGCUGACAAGAAUCGCAUCAUGACCGUAGUCGCACCAGCGGUGCUUGGCGCACUCGAGAAGACCCUAUCUCUGAACAAGGGAGGGUUUAUUGUCGGCGACAAGCUGACCGUGGCGGACGUGGCCUUCUUCAGCGUCCAGGACUGGCUGAAGUCUGCCUAUAAAGAAGAGGGUGUGUCUCUGGUGGCCGGGUACAAGGCAGUGGAUCAGCACUUGACCAAGAUUUCAAAAAUACCCGCCGUCGCUGACUGGGUGAAGAAGAGACCGGAAACCCCGUUCUGAAUGGCUGCAGCUGAGAUGGAAACUCAGUCAUAGGAAGCUGUGGAAGAGACCGGAAACAUUCUCGCAGUUACCUAAUUUAAAGAAGUAAAAAUGUCUCCAAUGUUAUGGCAGAAAGAAACCACUGAAACUGCAGGAUAAAGGCAUCUGUUCGUAA